CGAGUCGCCGUGGUGAGCUGUGGAGGAAGGAAAAAGUUCAAGAUCCGGUAGCGUCCUGGAUACCAGAAUGGAAAUCAAAUACGCUAUAAAGGCCAUCAUUCUUGCAAAUAUUCUAUCAGUAGGCUUCGCAACCUUUGGACAUGAGCAUGUGCAUAUAAGGAUACACUUGCCGGAGGUAACGCAGCAACAUGAAAAGCAUAUCAUAAAAUAUGAAGAUCAUGGCGGAGGAGGUCAUGGAGGUGGAGGUGGAGGCGGCGGAGGUGAUGAUCAUCACAUUGAUGUCUCCGGUCCUGGAGACAUAGGAGGUGGCCAUGGAGGUGGAUUCGGAGGAGGCGGUGGUUUCGGAGGUGGUUUCGGAGGGGAUCAUGGAGGAGGUCAUGGAGAUGGUGGAGGUUACGGAGGUGGUGGAGGUUUUGGAGGAGGUUUUGGAGGUGGUCACGACGAUAUUGGCGGAGGUGGAGAUAUCAUCGUAGAUCAUGGUGGUGGUCACGGAGGAGGCUACGGCGGUGGCGGUGGUUUUGGAGGUGGCCACGGAGGAGGUGGUUAUGGUGGACAUGGCGNUUUUGGAGGCGGACAUGAUAUCGGUGGAGAUGAUCAUGGCUCCAGCGGUUAUGGCAAUAGUAUAUCAUCUGAUUUUGGUAGCAGUGGCCACGGCGGAAGCAGUUACAGUUCUGGUGGCGGCUUUGAUUCCUAUUCAAGCGGUCACGGUGGUGGCGGAGGCGGUGGCGGUGGCGGUGGUUACGGUGGAGGUCACAGUGGUGGUUUCUCCGGUUAUCACAAAAAGAAAUAAGAAAUGAUUCUACUGUGAUUAAUAUGUUGGACAUUGUAGAUAUUUACAGCUAUAAAUAUCU